AUGCACGGUAGCGAAGACUGUCUGAUUGUCUUAUCUCAGUCUUAUCGCGUUCUUAUCAUUGUCUUUACCGAAGUACCUUUUGCUCGUGUCAUGGCUGUAUCUCUCGGGAACUUGGUCAUCGAUCCCGUUAAUCGGCUUCAUAAUGACCAGUCCCUGAUACACGCCGGGCCGCUCCGCAUGGACGUUGAUCACUCUACCAUUCCGGACCUCGGUACCGGUUGUAAGCGCUCUUCCCCUCCAUCUCCAACCUUUGACCUCGAACCCAAAGACGGCGGCAAAGCGCAUCCACGUAAAAUUCAACCUCCAUCAAAAACCACAAGUUCCAUCACAAACAGUCUCACCACCAACCUCAUCACCACGACCUCAACUCCACAUCCGAUACAUCAUCAACCACAACCCUCCAAAACCUCCAAGAACCCAUCACCAACAAUGUCCUCCCUCCCAACAUCCUACAACACCCUCUCCCUCCCUCAAAUAACCCUCUCCCACCACCCCGCCUCCUCCCCCUCCCCGACCCCAGUGAUACUCCUCACCCUCGACCGCCCCUCCGCCCGCAACGCCUUCACAGACGAAAUGGCAUCCUCCCUAGCAAAAGCCUACGCCCUCCUCUCCACCGACCCCCGCGUAAAAGCCAUAGUCCUCACCGGCUCAGACCCCUCCAACAAGACCUUCUGCGCAGGAAUGGACCUCCACAACCGCGUCCGCCUCCCCUCCCACCGCGACGCCCACCGCGACACGGGAGGCCUCGUCGCUCUGGCAAUGCACAACUGCUCGAAACCCAUCAUCGCCGCGAUAAACGGCUCCGCCGUCGGCGUGGGCAUCACGAUGGCCCUCCCCGCCUCCGUCCGCAUCGUCUCCCGCGACGCGAAGAUCGGCUUCGUCUUUGGGCGGCGCGGGUUCAACAUGGAGGCCUGCUCGUCCUUUUACCUCCCGCGCCUCGUCGGCGCCGGCCCGGCGCUGCAUCUGUGCACCACGGGAGGGGUGUACCCCGCCACGAGCCCGCUACUGCGCAACUUGUUCAGCGAGAUCGUCGCGCCGGGCGAGGUUCUCCCGCGCGCGCUGGCGGUCGCCGAGGAUGUCGCUGCGAACGUGAGUACCGUGGCCGCGAGGGUGAUGCGGGAUAUGAUUCUGAGGUCGCCGGCGAGUCCGGAGGAGGCGCACCUGCUGGAGAGCAAGAUCUUCUUCGACCUGUUUAGCGGGAAAGAUAGUAAAGAGGGGAUGGAGAGUUUCAUGGAGAAGAGAGCGCCGCGGUUCGAGGCGACGAUGGAGAAGGAUGCGCCGACGGCGUACCCGUGGUGGAAAGAGGUUGAUAUCAAAGCAAAGAUUUGA